AUGUCGAUAGCCAAUUCGACAAAGCCUGAAUUACCAUUCCCAUGGGUUGUUUGGGGUCUUUCUCAUCGCUGCCAAUAUUUUGCUACUGCAUUGAUUUCGAAAGGUUUAUUUAGGAAGAAUGAGCUAAUAUUGUCCUAUCCUAUUCCAUUGCUUCUUUUGCAGCUAGGGCUUGCAAUCAUCCUAUCUGCAACGAUGAGAUACUUUUUGAAGCCUCUCAAACAACCUAGAUUUGUUGCAGAUAUGUUGGAUCAGACUGGGAUACUAUUAGGGCCAUCAAUGUUCAAAUUGGUUGGCUUGGGAGAGUUAUAUGAAAGCUCGCAGACCAUCAACCAGUCAACGCUAAUGGGCUUCUUGGAGCUCUUCAGCCUCACCACCUUCUCUUUCAUCGUCGGCGUUCGAACCGACGUCAGUGUGAUCAAGUCAUCCGGCAAAUUAUCCUGGAUGAUCGGUGUCAUUAGCUUCCUGACUCCAUUGGCACUCUGUUACGGUGCCAUGAACAUCAUGAACAAUGAUCCCGACAUGAACCAACACUGGAUUGCCACCCUCACCUCCUCCACCUCAUUCCAAGUCACCUCCCUCCUCCUCGAAGAUAUCAAACUCCUCAACUCUGAGAUAGGUCGCCUCGCCAUGUCCUCUUCCUUAAUCAGCUCAUGCAGCAGUUGGACUUUUCAGAUGGCCAAAUCUUUCCUCUUCCAAGCCUCCGCGUUUCAGUACACUAGCAAUACAUACUUAAAAUCGGAGGCUUGUAGAUUACUCUUGAUAAUAACCAUAGUUUUUGUGCUUCGGCCCUUCACGUUCAGGAUGAUGAAGAAAAUCCCGGAAGGCGGGAGCAUGAAAGAAUCGCAAUUCACUGUCAUUUUUAUGAUGUAUUUGAUGACUUGUUUCACAUUCGAGUAUUUGGGAUACAAAGCAUACUUCGGGGCGAUGAUACUGGGGCUGGCGAUGCCACCAGGACCACCACUGGGAUCAGGGUUGUUGGAGAAACUGGAGAUAUUAAUAUCGACCGUGUUGUUGCCUGCGUAUAUAUUGGAUGCAGGUCGGUAUGUGGAUGUGUAUACUAUCAAUAUGGCAGCAUUUGGUCGGACAGAGGUACUGAUAGUGGCAAGUUUCUUGGGGAAACUUGUUGCCUCAGUGGUGCCAUUGGUGAUUUACAAGUUGCCUUACAAAGAUUCUUUCACUCUUGGCCUUAUCUUGAGCUCCCAAGGCUUAUUUGAUAUUGUCUUUUACAAACUCUUCCUGCGCUUUGCGUUAAUCAACAUAGACAUUUACUCAAUCAUAACGAUCAUGACAGUACUGAAUGCAGCCAUUGUUACUCCUCUGAUUUGCCAUCUCUACGAUCCUUCGAAACGAUACAUGAAUUAUAAGAGAAGAACAAUCCAACAAUCCAUCCAUGAAAGCGAGCUUCGAAUCAUCCUCUGCAUCCACGAAGAAGAUCAAGUUUUCAGCCUAAUGAACCUCCUCAAUGCCUCCAACCCGACCCGCGAACGACCCAUCAGUGCAUUUGUCCUUGACCUCAUGGAACUGGUCGGCCGUGACCACCCCGUGCUCAUCAACCACCAGCUUCAUAAGCCCCGGUCGUCAUCGUCCCACACCAGAACAGACCGGAUCAUCAAUGCUUUCCACCACCACGAGAUAAGUGGUGAAGGGACAAUAAAACAUCAUCACUUCACCUCCAUAACGCCUUACACUACGAUGCAUGACGAUAUCUGUACACUUGCCUUGGAAAAGAGCGCAUCCUUAUUAAUCAUCCCAUUUCACAAGUCAGAGAGCACUGCAGUGAGGGAGGUGACCAAAAAUGUUCUUGAAAACGCUCCUUGCUCGGUUGGGCUCCUCAUCGACAAGAGGAUCAUUAUGAACUGGAGGUUAGACACACAUAGCAAGAUCAAGUUCCACGUUUGUGUAAUCUUUGCGGGAGGGCCAGACUCCCGGGAAGCACUAGCCUAUGGCAUAAGGAUGGUAGAAGACCAGGCGAUCAGGCUUACUGUCAUUCGAUUAAUUGCAGAAGACGAGUUUAUUAGCGAUUUGAUGGAAGCUAAGCUUGAUUUGAAGGUGAUAAAUGAGUUGAGGAACAUGUAUGGAGAGAACCAAGAUAUCGAAUACAGGGAAGUGAUUGUGAAAGACGGAGCUGAGACAUCCCAGGUGCUUUUGGCAAUCGACAACCAUUAUGAUUUCAUGUUGGUGGGGAGAAGGCUUGACAGUGAUUCCCCGCUGGUAACCGGACUUACCGAUUGGAGCUAUCUCCAAGAACUGGGGAUUAUAGGAGACAUACUUGCAUCUUCUGAUAUGAAGGUCAAUGCGUCAAUACUGGUAUUACAGCAGCAAUCUACUGUGGAAGAUUUCAUGCAGAAAUCAUAA